UGUUUUUUUGUUUUUUGUGGAGAAGAGUGAAGGAGAUAGGAUUCAGAGGUGGAUGAAUGCACGAUAAAACCCUAUUCGUUUCUCUCUACCUCCAUCGAGCGUUCGGUAGUUUAGGUUGGUAAUGAUGAUAAGUGGAUGCAGCGCGUUAACUUCACAUGUUCUAACAAGCUCUUGGGGUUUCAAGCCAUCUUCAUACAGAGCUACAGCUUCAGGAGGACAGACUCAACGUUGUCUUGCUCCGAGUUCAUUGUCUGUCAUAAAGAACUCUUUGGGCUCACAUUUACCAUUUAAUGGGCUUCAAGCUAGUGUACAAAGAGGUGUGCCUCUUUCAAACCUCUCAGCCUCGUCUUCUCGGCUUCUGAAUGGGGAACAAGGUAGUCUGUCUAGUACAUUACCCGUGUUACCCAUCCGCAGGAAAGCCCUUUUGUCCCCAAGAGCGUCAAAAGAUGUACCAUCCAGCUUCCGGUUUCCUCCAAUGACCAAAAAGCCACAAUGGUGGUGGAGAACCUUGGCAUGCCUACCUUACCUGAUGCCGCUUCACGAGACCUGGAUGUACGCGGAAACCGCUUACCAUCUCCACCCUUUCCUAGAAGAUUUCGAGUUCUUGACCUACCCGUUUCUAGGCGCCUUAGGGAGGUUACCUGGCUGGUUCCUGAUGGCUUACUUCUUUGUAGCCUACCUUGGGAUAGUGAGGAGAAAAGAAUGGCCUCACUUCUUCAGGUUCCAUGUGGUGAUGGGUAUGCUGCUUGAAAUCGCUCUUCAGGUUAUAGGAACUGUUAGCAAGUGGAUGCCUCUUGGACUCUAUUGGGGUAAGUUUGGGAUGCAUUUCUGGACGGCCGUUGCGUUUGCUUAUCUGUUUACCGUCCUUGAAAGCAUAAGGUGUGCGCUUGCCGGUAUGUACGCUGACAUCCCAUUUGUUUGUGAUGCUGCGUAUAUCCAGAUCCCAUACGACUAAUAAGAAGUCAUUUCAUUUUAGAUCCUUGUUGCUCUUCAUUUCUAAAAUUUUUCGUUAGGCCUUUGUAUCUGUAUCAACUAUGUCUGUCUCUUUUGUUAAGUGACAUUUAUGUUUCAAACAUUUUAUCAAAGUCUCAAAUUUUUGAACCUGGAA